CAAGGGUUGCCAACCCUGCCGCAGACGAAUAACGGAAUGGCCGCCAAUGAUGAAAAGGGACGCCAUCUGAAGCAAUUUACCUGAAAUGACGCCGUAAUCCCGGUAAUUGCAGCUUGCUCGCCAUAAAACUGAGGUUCAGACUAGCGUCAAAAAUCGGGAGAGAAACUUUUACCUGCCAGGUGCAUAAAAUACCUAUAAAGGGUACGAAAUCCGAAUAACCGGCAUUGGUGUUGUGGAACUCGAAGUGUACAGAAGUGAUCGAAAUGGUGCUCGCUCCCGAGGUUCGAAGUAUUGUCAAGGCGCUGAAGGGGUCGAACAGCUGUGAGGAGAUCGCUCAGAUCCUGGAAUGCGACGUGGAGAGUGUGGUGAGCUGCAUCCGCGAGUGUGAGCUGCUCGAGGGGAAGACGGCCACGCUAAGAUUGCCACAGAGGCCGAAAGCCACGGCGCCUGUGGUGGUUGCUCAGGAGGAGGAGAAGAGGCGAGAGGUGGGCCGGCCCAAAGUGCUAGAGAACCGGCAAAUGGUUGAGCAAAUGCUGAGCGACAAUCCGCACUACACCUCCAUCGAUGUGCAGCGGGAGCUGGCCCGACUCGGCAUAGAGGUCAGCCGCAGGACGUUGCAGCGCAGGAUCAGCGAGAUUCGCUCCAAGGGCGCAAGGCAACCGAGUGGCUGCCCACAGCCACAGGAGCCCAGCACUGGCGGACUCGGUGAGGAUGCGAAAAGGAAAAGGUUGGCCUGGGCCACCGCCCAUCAGGAUUGGACAGUGCGCGACUGGCGCAAUAUCUUCAACAUGGACGAUCUUAAGUUCGUCGACGAGUCAACGCCGCCAAAGGAAAUCUUCCUUGACUCGCUGAUGGGACCGGAGGGCAGCGUCUGCAAUGACCUCAAUCUCCUCGAGCAACUGAUGGCCAUCAUCCAGCCGAGGAUCCAGAAUCAGGCGCCCAAGAACGUCAGCGAGUUUCGAGCGGUCCUGUACGACGUCUGGCACAGCGACCAGGAUAUGGUGGACAAAAUUGAGAUGCUCUACGAGUCGAUGACGUGGCGGGUGUCGGCGGUCCUCCGCAAUGGCGGGGAUCAGACCGAGUUCUGCUAGCCAAGCUGUGGGUGGAAAUCGCACUCUGAUACUUGAAGGUCGUAUUGAAAAUAACGACGUUCAUUGUCAUGUUUAAUUGCAUAUAUUAUUAAGUUUGUAGUGGCCAUAUUAUGUACAUGGUACACACUGAUUAGAUUCGCUGCAUAGGAUUAGUUUCUUCACACAAUUGUAAACCAACUACAUUUUAAUAAAGUGUAAGACAAUAUAA